AAAAGAGAGAGAAGCAGAGUGUUGCAGUCCUCAAAUAUAGAGACGAAACAUCCAAAUCCUUCAAACUCUCUUUCUCUCUCACAGCUUCAAGACUUCACUGGAAUCGCCACCAUUGUCCCUACGCUCCUCCCCUAUAAGGGUCUUGUCUCACGAGGCUCUCUCUCAAAAACCAAUAAAGAUGCGGUUGCUAGUUGAAGAAGUAACUUCACCAUUGUCCCCUGCUUCAACUCCAGCAUGUAACUCCCAUAGUUGCAGAUGGAAGCCUUACUCCAACUCUAGUGACUUCACAGCCAACGCAUCAGUUCUUCUCAUCCUUGUCUUCUCAGCUCUCAUCUGUGCUCUCUCCCUCUACACUGCAAUCCGUUGCUUUCUCCGGCCAGCCCUCGAGACUAACGACGACCACAAGCCUGAACCUGAGACAGUUGCUUCAUCCGCUGCACCAACUCCUACGCUUGUCUACUCCUCCGACCUUGAGCUUGCAGGAGCUGAAGCAGAGUGUGCCAUAUGCUUGUCGGAAUUCGAACAAGGAGAGAGCAUCCAAGUGCUAGAGAAAUGUCAGCAUGGUUUCCAUGUCAAGUGUAUCCACAAAUGGCUCUCUUCCCGCUCUUCCUGUCCCACUUGCCGAACUUCUAUCUUCUCACAACCCUUGGAAACUCCUCCAAACCAGAUCAAUGCUUAGAGCUUUUUUUUUUCUUUUUACAAAGCUUAGAGUUGUAUCAUGUUUCGCUUGAGAAUACCCUGUUUAUGUUCUGUAUUAUUAGGUAACACAGACCAACAAAAGUAUUUACUAGUACUUGUAUUAAA